AUGGCAGACAUUAAAAAAGAAUUCAUUUCUAUUCUCAGCAAUCUCACUAUAGGAAAGCAUAUUGCAACACCAACAGCUGCUGUUAAUUUUUUGCUAGACAACAGUUCGCUUGAAAAGGAUCUUUACCAGUGUAUAUCUCCUGAGAUCGACAAACCUGGUGGAACACAACACAAGGUUGCGUGCUUGGAUUUCCUUCUGAGGCUGGCCCUGGAAUCUGAAAAACAAGCCAAUGAGAAAAACGUUACUUAUCAUCUGUGGACAAAACGCGAUUUUCCUAAGUUUUAUAUAAAGAUCCUAGAAACAACCUCUUUGUCCCCUGAUUCUGAUGCUACAACUUCCUUAAGUGUUUUGACUCGCUUUACCGACAAUGUCAGACGCCUUCUCGCAUACUAUAAACGUCGCAGAGUGCUAACCGAUUUCCAGUAUGACGAAUUCAGGGAACUUUUACUGACAAAGGACAAAACUAUUGCCGAUGGUUUGAACGCUAAGCUUAAAGAAAAUAAAGAAGAGGAAGUUUCAAAAGCUGUUUAUUCAGGGGAAAAAAGAAAGUUCAAAGAAGAGGUUGAAGAUCAAUGCCAUGAUCAAGAUCAAGAUCAAGAUCAAGAUCAAGACCCAGCAUUUGCUAGCCACCAUGCACGACAAGCAAUAAACCAGGAUGUGGCCAGGAAAAAGCAGCGAGAAGAAAAUGAAAAUGAAAAUGAAGAACUGAUUAGAGAGACUACAAACCCUGUCGGUAGUUCAAUGGUCAAAACGGAAGAAAAUAUUCUCAUAAAAACUGGGGACAAGGCACUGGUAAAAACUGAAGAACAAGUAAUUUUUAAAACUGAAAAUAAAACUGCCGCCAAGUCUUCAUCGACAUUAAGAGAUACAAAAGAACCACUAGAUUUGGGAAAAGAAACACAACAAAGUACAGAAGAAUCUUUCUCAAAAGCUUUUAGUCAAACGCAAGUCAUUGAUGAAAACCCUGCUGUUGAAGAUAGAAAGGAAACGAAGCCCAAGAAUGAAAAAACAGAAGUUGAAAAGAAGCCUGAGACCAAAGAUCCCAAAAGGCUUACUUCUGAAUCUGGAGACCGUGAAGAUAUACCGAAAGAGUACGCAACGCUGACUCUCAUAGCUUCGGCGAUGCGGCCUGAGGAGUUCCAGCACCGAAUGAAUGAGGAUCGUGACCGAUGUAAAAAGCACAAGGAACACAUUUGGGAAAUUGAUUACUCAUCGUUUGGUAAGUUCAUUGAGUUUGAAAAUCUAUGGAGCACCACACCAAGUAGUUUACGACAGCACCCCGAAGCUGCUGCCGUUGCUGGUACUGAAGAAGAAGAGUACCAUAAUCGGCCAAGACACCGGUCAGAUCAGAAAAAGAAGGUGAAGCCAAGGACCGAGGUCAUUAAACGUAAUAUUCUUACCGCACUUGACUACGAACGCAUGGCGGAGGAAAAUAAAAUAAGUCAGCAGGCACUUGCAGACGAUCCACUAUUUUAUCCUAAAUAA